AUGACUCAGGAGAUUAAAAACCUCAUGCAAGAGAGAAGACUAGCCAAAGGAGACCCAGAAAAAUACCAACAGCUGCACAACAACAUCAAGCAGAAAUGUAAAAUAGCUAGAGAACAAAGGUUAGAACAAAAGUGUCAAGAGAUUGAAGGAUUUAAAGAACAGAACAGAACAGAAAUGUUCAAAUGUAUUCGAGAAGUUUCUGGCAAAGCAACACCACGCUCAUUAGCAUGUAUAAAAUCAUCAACUGGCAGGGUCCUCUAUGAACCGGAAGAAGUUGCCAAACGUUGGUUGGAAUAUCUAGGGCAACUAUUUGAUGAUGUACUACUUAAUGAAGAGCUCACUCAGCCCGGAAUCUGUCUAUCUGGUCUGGUAAUUACAAAGACCGAAGUCAGAUGGGCCCUUCAUGGCAUGAAGCUGAAUAAAGCCGCAGGCCCAGAUGAAGCUGUUACGGAAAUGCUCGGAGCACUAGGUGAGAUGGGUAUCGAUCUACUUCACAACCUAGUCAACAAGAUUUAUGACUCUGGUGAAAUACCCGACGACAUGCUUAAAUCCAUCUUUAUAGCACUGCCAAUGAAACCACAUACACUGGACUGUGAACAACAUCAUACUAUUAGCCUCAUGGGUCACACCCUUGAUCUACUGCUCAAAACCAUACUUGAAUGCCAGGAAAUAGCACAAUGUCAGUACGGAUUUAUACCUAACAAAGGUACAAGAAAUCUUCAUAUUAAGAAUACUCACCAACAAAAGGGCGCAAUCAAAUUGGCGCACGGCCUAACCGAAUGGACUGGGAUCAAGCGUGGUGUGCGACAGGGCUGUGUUACGAGCCCAGAUUUCUUCAACCUAUAUAGUGAACACUUACUUCGACAACUUAAUGACAUAGAAAACGGUGUACUGAUCAACGGAGUCCGUGUAAACAACAUCAGAUACGCAGACGACACUGCUCUUAUUGCUGACAAUAAAGAAGGCCUCCAAAGACUCAUAGAUCUUGUCUGGAACGCUUCAUUAGCAAAGGGGGAGGCAUGGACUCUCUCAGCGGCAACAACUAAGAACUUAGAGGCUGCAGAAAUGUGGUUUUACCGCCGAAUGUUGCGCAUUGUCUAUACGGCACAUGAAACCAACAACUCUAUGCUCAAGCGGGUUGGACAAGAUCGGCAACUCCUUAAAAUCCUAGAGGAAAGACAAGUCAGCUUUAACGGCCAUGUCAUCAGGAAUGGCGAACUAGAUCUUAGCCUAGCCGGAAGGAUACCUGGAAAGAAAGCGAAGGGGCCGACAAAGACUUCUUUUGCUAAACCAACCGAAGGAAAAUAUGGGGAUCAAAACAACAAGGAAAUCUGGGAUGCCGUGUCUAGGUCCUUAGAUUGUGCUUUAUUCCAAACAGAAAUAAGUGAUAAGACCCUUCAAGACAAAACUCUGGAAAUACCAUUAGUUAGAAGUCGCCAGACACAAACUUCAAUUAUUUAUCAUGGUGUUAAGAUCUGGAAUAGCCUGCUACCUUCAAUCAAGGAGAGUGAAAGUCUAGCACCAUGUCUUGGCCAUAAGAAGGAAACAGAGAAGACAGAAGACAAAGAACUCGCCAUUUUCUCUACCGGUAAUUUAGCAGGGAGAAAAAUAGAGUGUAAGUUAAAAGGUGAUGGUUACCGGUGCAUUCAAACGAAUCUUCCUGUACAGCAACCUGGGGACAAUGAAUCCCAGCUACCUCUUCCCUGCAAGAUACAAACAAGUUUUGAAUCAAGGCCACUUGGAGAUAAGGACAUUCAGAGAGAAAGCUCUUGGAAUGUCAUUAAGGCUGGAACAAGUGGUCAGAAAGACACUUUGAUGAUAGAAGUACCAGUGACCAGAAGAAACCUAAAAAUUCUUCAUCAGAUAAUGCCCCAAAAGGAUAUACCCCGAAUAGAAUCAGUUCUUCUUGCAGGAUUAUCUGAGAAGUUGCCAAAUUAUAUGGGAGAAGCACCAGUGGAAACAGCAAAAUUACAUGAGAUGUUGCCAGUUUCCAUAGGGGAAGCGGCGGAGGAACCGGCAUCUCCUGUGCCAGGAUUUCCUAGGAAGUUGCCAAAUUCUGUAACAGAACCACUAGAGGAAGCAGCAAGUCCUGUUCUAAGAUUACCUGUGAAGUUGCCAGAUUCUAUAGAAGAAAUGCUAGAGGAGGCAGCAGGUCAUGUUACAGGAUUACCAGUGAAGUUACCAGAAUUACCUGUAGGAAAAAAAACAAAGGAAGCAGCAGGUCCUGUUCCAGAAUUACCUGUGAAGUUGUCAGGUUUUAUAGAAAAAAUAUCAGAAGAAGCAGCAGGUCAUGCUCCAGGAUUACCUGAGAAGUUGCCAAGUUCUGUAGGAGAAGCAUCAGAGGAAGAAGUAGGUCCUGUGCCAGGAUUAACUGUGAAGUUCCCAGGUUCUAUAAAAGAAAUACUAGAGGAAGCAGCAGGUCCUGUUCCAGGAUUUCAUGCGAAGUUACCAGUAUUAUCUGAGAAGUUGCCAGGUUCUAUAGGAGAAGCACCAGAGGAAGAAACAGCUCUUGUACCAGGACUGCCAAUGAAGUUGCCAGGUUCUAAAGAAGAAAUACUAGAGGAAGCAGCAAGUCCUGUACCAGGAUUACCUGUGAAGUUGUCAGGUUCAAUAGAAGAAAUACUAGAGGAACGAGCAGGUUCUGUUCCAGGAUUACCUAAGAAGUUGCCAGGUUAUUUAAUAGAAGCACUGCAGGAACAAUCAAGUCUUGUAUCAGGAUCGCCACUAUUAACCAUAACAGAAGCACUAAAGAAGCCACUAGGUCCAGUUUCAGGAUUACCUGUGGAGUUGCCAGGUUUUGUGGGAGAAGAACCAGAGGAAGCAGCAGGUCCUGUUCGAGGAUUACCUGAGAAGUUGCCAGGUCUUAUAAGAGAAGAAGCAGGUCAUUUAGCAGAAGCACCAGAGGACCAAGUAGUUCCAGUGCCAAGAUUACCGGAGAAGUUGUCUGGUUCUAUAGGAGAAACACAAGAGGAAGUAAUAAGUCUUGUUCCAGGAAUACCUGUAAAGUUACCAGGUUCUAUAAAAGAAAUACUAGUGGAAGCAGCAGGUCCUGUUCCAGGAUUACCUGUGAAGUUACCAGUAUUACCUGAAAAGUUGUCAAGUUCUCUAGAAAAACCGGAGGAAGCAGCAGGUCCUGUUUCAGGAUUACCUGUGAAGUCAGGUUCUAUAGAAGAAGUACGAGAGGAACGAGCAGGUAAUGCACCAGGAUUACCAGAGAAAUUGCCAAGUUCUAUAAGAGAAACACCAGAGGAAGCAGCAGGUCCUGUACCAGGAUUGUCAAUGAAGUUACCAAGUUCUGUAGAAGAAACACCAGAGGAAGCAGCCAGUCUUGUUCCAGGAAUACCUGUGAAGUUGCCAGGCUCUAUAACAGAAAUACCAAAGGAAGCAGAAAGUCUUGUUUCAGGGUUGUCUGUGAAGUUACCAGAAUUACCUGAGAAGUUGCUAGGUUCUAUACAAGAAACACCAGAGGAAGCAGAAGGUCCUGUUCCAGGAUUACCUGUGAAGUUGCCAGGUCUUAUUGGAGAAGCACCAGAUGAAGUAGCAGGUCCUGUACCAGGAUUGCUUAUGAAGUUGCCAAGUUCUAUAGAAAAAAUACCGGAAGAAGCAGCAGGUCCUGUUCCAGGAUUACCUGUGAAGUUAGCAGAAUUACCUAAGAAGUUGCCAGGUACUGUAGGAGAAGCACCAGAGAAAGAAGGUCGUGUACCAGGAUUACCUAAGAAGUUAACUGGUUCUAUAGGAGAAGCAUCAAAGGAAGAAGUAGGUCCUGUGCCAGGUUUAUUUGUGAAGUUCCCAGAAUUACAUGAAAAGUUGCCAGGUUUUGUAGGAGGAAUACUAGAGGAAGCAUCAGGUUCUGUUCCAGGAUUACCUGAGAAGUUGCCAGGUCCUAUAGAAAAAGCAGCAGGUCAUUUAGCAGAAGCACCAGAGGACCAAGUAGUUCCAGUGCAAAGAUUACCUGAGAAGUUGUCUGGUUCUAUAGGAGAAACACUAGAGGAAGUAAUAAGUCUUGUUCCAGGAUUAUCUGUAAAGUUACCAGGUUCUAUAAAAGAAAUACUAGAGGAAGCAGCAGGUCCUGUUCCAGGAUUACCUGUGAAGUUGCCAGAAUUACCUGGUUCUAUAGCAGAAGCGUUAAAGGAAGAAGUAGGUCUCGUGCCAGGUUUACCUGUUAAGUUCCCAGAAUUACAUGAGAAGUUGCCAGGUUUUGUAGGAGGAACACCAGAGAAAGAAGCAGGUCCUGCUCCAGGAUUACCUGUGAAGUUGUCAAGUUCUAUAGAAGAAAUGCCAGAAGCAGCAGCAGGUCAUAUUCCAGGAUUACCUUUGAAGUUACCAGAAUUACCUGAAAAGUUGCCAGGUUCUGUAGGAGAAGUACCAGAGGAAGCAAUAAGUCCUGUUCCAGAAUUUCCAGUGAAGUUGCCAAGUUCUAUAGAAGAAAUACUAGAGGAAACAGCAGGUCCUGUUCCAGGAUUACCUGUGAAGUUACCAGAAUUACCUGAGAAGUUGUCAGGUUCUGUAGGAGAAUCACCAGAGGAAGAAGCGGGUCGUGUACCAGAAUUACCUGAGUUACCAGGUUAUAUAGGAGAAGCACCAAAGGAAGAAGUAGGUUCUGUGCCUGGAUUGCCUAUGAAGUUGCCAGGUUCUAUAGAAGAAAUACUAGAGGAAGCAGCAGGUCAUGUUACAGGAUUACCAGAAAAGUUACCAGGUUCUGUAGGAUUACCUUUCAAGUUGCUAGGUUCUGUAGGAGAAGCACCAGAGGAAGAAGUACCAGGAUUGCCUAUGAAGUUGCCAGGUUCUAUAGAAAAAACACUAGAGGAAGCAGCGGGUUCUGUUCCAGAAUUACCUGUGAAGUUGCCAGGUUCUGUAGGAGAAGCACCAGAGGAAGCAGCAGGCCCUGUUCCAGGAUUAACUGUGAAGUUCCCAAGUUCUAUAAAAGAAAUACCAGAAGAAGCAGCAGGUUCUGUUCCAGGAUUUCCUGUGAAGUUACCAGUAUUAUCUGAGAGGUUGCCAAGUUCUAUAGGCGAAGCACCAAAGAAAGAAGUAGGUCCUGUGCCAGGAUUGCCUAUGAAGUUGCCAAGUUCUAUAGAAGAAAUACUAGAGGAAGCAGCAGGAUUACCUGUGAAGUUGCCAGGUUCAACAGGAGAAGCACCAGAGGAAACAGCCGGUCCUGUACCAGGAUUACUUGUGAAGUUGCCGGGUUCAAUAGGAAAAGCACCAGAGGAAGCAACAGGUACUGUUCCAGGAUUACCUGUGAAGUUCCCAGGUUCAAAAGAAGAAAUACCAGAGGAAGCAGAAGGUCCUGUUCCAGGAUUACCUGUGAAGUUACCAGGUUCUAAAGAAGAAAUACCAGAGGAAGCAGAAGGUCCUGUUCCAGGAUUAUCUGUGAAGUUAUCACAAUUACUUAAGAAGUUGCCAGGUUCUAUAGGAGAAGCACCAAAGGAUGAAGUAGGUUUUGUGCCAGGGUUACCUAUAAAGUUACCAGAAUCUUUAGAAGAAACACCAGAGGAAGCAACAGGUACUGUUCCAGGAUUACCUGUAAGGUUCCCAGGUUCUAUAGAAGAAAUGCUAGAGGAAGCAGGCCAUGUUACAGGAUUACCGGUGAAAUUACCAGGUUCUAUAAAAGAAAUGCUUGAGGAAGCAGCAGGUCCUGUUCCAGGAUUACCUGUGAAAUUACCAGAAUUACCUGAGAACUUGCUAGGUUCUGUAGGAGAAGCAUCAGAGGAUCGAACAGGUCUUGUUCCAGGAUUACCUUUGCCAGGUUCUAUAGGAGAAGCACCAGAGGAAGAAUUACCAGGAUCUAUAGAAGAGAUACCAGAGGAAGCAACAGGUCCUGUACCAGGAUUACCUGUGAAGUUGCCAGGUUCAAUUGGAGAAGCAUCAGAGGAAACAGCCGGUCCUGUUCCAGGAUUACUUGUGAAGUUGCCGGGCACAAUAGGAGAAGCACCAGAGGAAGCAACAGGAUUACCUGUGAAGUUACCCGGUUCUAAAGAAGAAUUACCAGAGGAAGCAGGAGGUCCUGUUCCAGGAUUACCUGUGAAGUUACCAGGUUCUAAAGAAGAAAUACCAGAGGAAGCAGAAGGUCCUGUCCCAGGAUUAUCUGUGAAGUUAACACAAUUACUUAAGAAGUUGCCAGGUUCUAUAGGAGAAGCACCAAAGGAUGAAGUAGGUUUUGUGCCAGGGUUACCUAUAAAGUUACCAGGAUCUUUAGAAGAAACACCAGAGGAAGCAACAGGUACUGUUCCAGGAUUACCUGUAAGGUUCUCAGGUUCUAUAAAAGAAAUGCUAGAGGAAGCAGGCCAUGUUACAGAAUUACCGGUGAAAUUACCAGAAUUACUUGAGAACUUGCUAGGUUCUGUAGGAGAAGCAUCAGAGGAUCGAACAGGUCUUGUUCCAGGAUUACCUUUGCCAGGUUCUAUAGGAGAAGCACCAGAGGAAGAAAUAAGUCCUCUGCCAGGAUUACCUGUGAAGUUCCCAGAAUUACAUGAGAAGUUGCCAGAUUUUGUAGGAGGAAUACUAAAGGAAGCAGCAGGUCAUGUUCCAGGAUUACCUGUAAAACUAGAGGAAGCAGCAGGUCAUGUUCCAGGAUUACCUGUGAAGUUCCCAGAAUUACAUGAGAAGUUGCCAGGUUUUGUAGGAGGAAUACUAGAGGAAGCAGCAGGUACUGUUCCAGGAUUACCUGUAAAGUUACCAGGAUCUAUAGAAGAGAUACCAGAGGUAGCAACAGGUCCUGUACCAGGAUUACCUGUGAAGUUGCCAGGUUCAAUAGGAGAAGCAUCAGAGGAAACAGCCGGUCCUGUACCAGGAUUACUUGUAAAGUUGCCGGGUUCAAUAGGAGAAGCACCAGAGGAAGCAACAGGUACUGUUGCAGGAUUACCUGUGAAGUUACCAGGUUCUAUAGAAGAAAUGCUAGUGGAAGCAGCAGGUCUUCUUCCAGGAUUACCUGUGAAGUUACCAGAAUUACCUGAGAACUUGCUAGGUUCUGUUGGAGAAGCAUCAAAGGAUCGAACAGGUCUUGUACCAGGAUUACCUGUAAAGUUCCCAGGUUCUAUAGAAGAAAUGCUAGAGGAAGCAGCAGGUCCUGUUCCAGGAUUACCUGUGAAGUUACCAGGUUCUAAAGAAGAAAUACCAGAGGAAGCAGAAGGUCCUGUUCCAGGAUUAUCUGUGAAGUUAUCACAAUUAUUUAAGAAGUUGCCAGGUUCUAUUGGAGAAGCACCAAAGGAUGAAGUAGGUUUUGUGCCAGGGUUACCUAUAAAGUUUCUAGGAUCUUUAGAAGAAACACCAGAGGAAGCAACAGGUACUGUUCCAGGAUUACCUGUGAAGUUACCAGGUUCUAUAGAAGAAAUGCUAGAGGAAGCAGGCCAUGUUACAGAAUUACCGGUGAAAUUACCAGGUUCUAUAGAAGAAAUGCUUGAGGAAGCAGCAGGUCCUGUUCCAGGAUUACCUGUGAAGUUAUCAAAAUUACCUGCAAAGUUGCCAGGUUCUAUAGGAGAAGCACUAGAGGAAGCAGCAGGUCAUGUUCCAGGAUUACCUGUAAAGUUACCAGGUUCUAUAGAAGAAAUACCAGAGGAAGCAGCAGGUCCUGUUCCAGGAUUACCUGUGAAGUUCCCAGAAUUACAUGAGAAGUUGCCAGGUUUUGUAGGAGGAAUACUAGAGGAAGCAGCAGGUCAUAUUCCAGGAUUACCCGAGAAGUUCCCAGAAUUACAUGAAAAAUUGCCAGGUUUUGUAGGAGGAAUACUAGAGGAAGCAGCAGGUACUGUUCCAGGAUUACCUGUAAAGUUACCAGGAUCUAUAGAAGAGAUACCAGAGGAAGCAACAGGUCCUGUUCCAGGAUUACCUGUGAAAUUGCCAGGUUCAAUAGGAGAAGCACCAGAGGAAACAGCCGGUCCUGUACCAGGAUUACUUGUGAAGUUGCCGGGUUCAAUAGGAAAAGCACCAGAGGAAGCAACCGGUACUGUUCCAGGAUUACCUGUGAAGUUACCAGGUUCUAUAGAACAAAUGCUAGAGGAAGCAGCAGGUCUUCUUCCAGGAUUACCUGUGAAGUUACCAGAAUUACCUGAGAAUUUGCUAGGUUCUGUUGGAGAAGCAUCAGAGGAUCGAACAGGUCUUGUACCAGGAUUACCUGUAAAGUUCCCAGGUUCUAUAGAAGAAAUGCUAGAGGAAGCAGGCCAUGUUACAGGAUUACCUGUAAAGUUCCCAGGUUCUAUAGAAGAAAUGCUAGAGGAAGCAGCAGGUCCUGUUCCAGGAUUACCUAUGAAGUUAUCAAAAUUACCAGCAAAGUUGCCAGGUUCUAUAGGAGAAGCACCAGAGAAAGAAGUAAGUCCUCUGCCAGGAUUACCUGUGAAGUUCCUAGAAUUACAUGAGAAGUUGCCAGGUUUUGUAGGAGGAAUACUAGAGGAAGCAGCAGGUCAUGUUCCAGGAUUACCUGUAAAGUUACCAGGUUCUAUAGAAGAAAUACCAGGGGAAGCAGCAGGUCAUGUUCCAGGAUUACCUGUGAAGUUCCCAGAAUUACACGAGAAGUUGCCAGGUUUUGUAGGAGGAAUAGUAGAGGAAGCAGCAGGUCAUGUUCCAGAAUUACCCGUAAAGUUACCAGGUUCUAUAAAAGAAAUACCAGAGGAAGCAGCAGAAGAAAUACCAGGGGAAGCAACAGGUCCUGUUCCAGGAUUACCUGUGAAAUUGCCAGGUUCAAUAGGAGAAGCACCAGAGGAAACAGCCGGUCCUGUACCAGGAUUACUUGUGAAGUUGCCGGGUUCAAUAGGAAAAGCACCAGAGGAAGCAACCGGUACUGUUCCAGGAUUACCUGUGAAGUUACCAGGUUCUAUAGAACAAAUGCUAGAGGAAGCAGCAGGUCUUCUUCCAGGAUUACCUGUGAAGUUACCAGAAUUACCUGAGAACUUGCUAGGUUCUGUUGGAGAAGCAUCAGAGGAUCGAACAGGUCUUGUACCAGGAUUACCUGUAAAGUUCCCAGCAAAGUUGCCAGGUUCUAUAGGAGAAGCACCAGAGAAAGAAGUAAGUCCUCUGCCAGGAUUACCUGUGAAGUUCCUAGAAUUACAUGAGAAGUUGCCAGGUUUUGUAGGAGGAAUACUAGAGGAAGCAGCAGGAUUACCUGUGAAGUUAUCAAAAUUACCUGCAAAGUUGCCAGGUUCUAUAGGAGAAGCACCAGAGAAAGAAGUAAGUCCUCUGCCAGGAUUACCUGUGAAGUUCCUAGAAUUACAUGAGAAGUUGCCAGGUUUUGUAGGAGGAAUACUAGAGGAAGCAGCAGGAUUACCUGUAAAGUUACCAGGAUCUAUAGAAGAGAUACCAGAGGAAGCAACAGGUCCUGUACCAGGAUUACCUGUGAAGUUGCCAGGUUCAAUAGGAGAAGCAUCAGAGGAAACAGCCAGUCCUGUACCAGGAUUACUUGUGAAGUUGCCGGGUUCAAUAGGAGAAGCACCAGAGGAAGCAACAGGUAUUGUUCCAGGAUUACCUGUGAAGUUACCAGGUUCUAUAGAAGAAAUGCUAUUGGAAGCAGCAGGUCUUCUUCCAGGAUUACCUGUGAAAUUACCAGAAUUACCUGAGAACUUGCUAGGUUCUGUUGGAGAAGCAUCAGAGGAUCGAACAGGUCUUGUACCAGGAUUACCUGUAAAGUUUCCAGGUUCUAUAGAAGAAAUGCAAGAAGAAGCAGCAGGUCCUGUUCCAGGAUUACCUGUGAAGUUACCAGGUUCUAAAGAAGAAAUACCAGAGGAAGCAGAAGGUCCUGUUCCAGGAUUAUCUGUGAAGUUAUCACAAUUACUUAAGAAGUUGCCAGGUUCUAUAGGAGAAGCACCAAAGGAUGAAGUAGGUUUUGUUCCAGGUUUACCUAUAAAGUUACCAGGAUCUUUAGAAGAAAUACCAGAGGAAGCAACAGGUACUGUUCCAGGAUUACCUGUAAGGUUCCCAGGUUCUAUAGAAGAAAUGCUAGAGGAAGCAGGCCAUGUUACAGGAUUACCUGUGAAAUUACCUGGUUCUAUAGAAGAAAUGCUUGAGGAAGCAGCAGGUCCUGUUCCAGGAUUACCUGUGAAAUUACCAGAAUUACCUGAGAACUUGCUAGGUUCUGUUGGAGAAGCAUCAGAAGAUCGAACAGGUCUUGUACCAGGAUUACCUGUAAAGUUCCCAGGUUCUAUAGAAGAAAUGCUAGAGGAAGCAGCAGGUCCUGUUCCAGGAUUACCUGUGAAGUUAUCAAAAUUACCUACAAAGUUGCCAGGUUCGUUAGGAGAAGCACCAGAGGAAGCAGCAGGUCAUGUUCCAGGAUUACCUGUAAAGUUACCAGGUUCUAUAGAAGAAAUACCAGAGGAAGCAGCAGGUCCUGUUCCAGGAUUACCUGUGAAGUUCCCAGAAUUACAUGAGAAGUUGCCAGGUUUUGUAGGAGCAAUACUAGAGGAAGCAGCAGGUCAUGUUCCAGGAUUACCCGUGAAGUUCCCAGAAUUACAUGAAAAGUUGCCAGGUUUUGUAGGAGGAAUACUAGAGGAAGCAGCAGGUACUGUUCCAGGAUUACCUGUAAAGUUACCAGGUUCUAUAGAAGAAAUACCAGAGGAAGCAGCAGGUCAUGUUCCAGGAUUACCUGUGAAGUUCCCAGAAUUACAUGAGAAGUUGCCAGGUUUUGUAGGAGGAAUACUAGAGGAAGCAGCAGGUACUGUUCCAGGAUUACCUGUAAAGUUACCAGGAUCUAUAGAAGAGAUACCAGAGGAAGCAACAGGUCCUGUACCAGGAUUACCUGUGAAGUUGCCAGGUUCAAUAGGAGAAGCAUCAGAGGAAACAGCCAGUCCUGUACCAGGAUUACUUGUGAAGUUGCCGGGUUCAAUAGGAGAAGCACCAGAGGAAGCAACAGGUAUUGUUCCAGGAUUACCUGUGAAGUUACCAGGUUCUAUAGAAGAAAUGUUAUUGGAAGCAGCAGGUCUUCUUCCAGGAUUACCUGUGAAAUUACCAGAAUUACCUGAGAACUUGCUAGGUUCUGUUGGAGAAGCAUCAGAGGAUCGAACAGGUCUUGUACCAGGAUUACCUGUAAAGUUCCCAGGUUCUAUAGAAGAAAUGCAAGAAGAAGCAGCAGGUCCUGUUCCAGGAUUACCUGUGAAGUUACCAGGUUCUAAAGAAGAAAUACCAGAGGAAGCAGAAGGUCCUGUUCCAGGAUUAUCUGUGAAGUUAUCACAAUUACUUAAGAAGUUGCCAGGUUCUAUAGGAGAAGCACCAAAGGAUGAAGUAGGUUUUGUGCCAGGGUUACCUAUAAAGUUACCAGGAUCUUUAAAAGAAACACCAGAGGAAGCAACAGGUACUGUUCCAGAAUUACCUGUAAGGUUCCCAGGUUCUAUAGAAGAAAUGCUAGAGGAAGCAGGCCAUGUUACAGGAUUACCUUUGAAAUUACCAGGUUCUAUAGAAGAAAUGCUUGAGGAAGCAGCAGGUCAUGUUCCAGGAUUACCUGUGAAUUUACCAGAAUUACCUGAGAACUUGCUAGGUUCUGUUGGAGAAGCAUCAGAGGAUCGAACAGGUCGUGUACCAGGAUUACCUGUAAAGUUCCCAGGUUCUAUAGAAGAAAUGCUAGAGGAAGCAGCAGGUCCUGUUCCAGGAUUACCUGUGAAGUUAUCAAAAUUACCUGCAAAGUUGCCAGGUUCUAUAGGAGAAGCACCAGAGAAAGAAGUAAGUCCUCUGCCAGGAUUACCUGUGAAGUUCCUAGAAUUACAUGAGAAGUUGCCAGGUUUUGUAGGAGGAAUACUAGAGGAAGCAGCAGGUCAUGUUCCAGGAUUACCUGUAAAGUUACCAGGUUCUAUAGAAGAAAUACCAGAGGAAGUAGCAGGUCAUGUUCCAGGAUUACCUGUGAAGUUCCCAGAAUUACACGAGAAGUUGCCAGGUUUUGUAGGAGGAAUAGUAGAGGAAGCAGCAGGUCAUGUUCCAGAAUUACCUGUAAAGUUACCAGGUUCUAUAGAAGAAAUACCAGAGGAAGCAGCAGGUCAUGUUCCAGGAUUACCUGUGAAGUUCCCAGAAUUACAUGAAAAGUUGCCAGGUUUUGUAGGAGGAAUACUAGAGGAAGCAGCAGGUACUGUUCCAGGAUUACCUGUAAAGUUACCAGGAUCUAUAGAAGAGAUACCAGAGGAAGCAACAGGUCCUGUUCCAGGAUUACCUGUGAAGUUGCCAGGUUCAAUAAGAGAAGCACCAGAGGAAAUAGCCGGUCCUGUACCAGGAUUACUUGUGAAGUUGCCGGGUUCAAUAGGAGAAGCACCAGAGGAAGCAGCAGGUCCUGUUCCAGGAUUACCUGUGAAAUUAUCAGAAUUACCUGAGAACUUGCUAGGUUCUGUUGGAGAAGCAUCAGAGGAUCGAACAGGUCUUGUACCAGGAUUACCUGUAAAGUUCCCAGGUUCUAUAGAAGAAAUGCUAGAGGAAGCAGCAGGUCCUGUUCCAGGAUUACCUGUGAAGUUAUCAAAAUUACCUGCAAAGUUGCCAGGUUUUGUAGGAGGACUACUAGAGGAAGCAACAGGUACUGUUCCAGGAUUACCUGUAAGGUUCCCAGGUUCUAUAGAAGAAAUGCUAGAGGAAGCAGGCCAUGUUACAGGAUUACCUGUGAAAUUACCUGGUUCUAUAGAAGAAAUGCUUGAGGAAGCAGCAGGUCCUGUUCCAGGAUUACCUGUGAAAUUACCAGAAUUACCUGAGAACUUGCUAGGUUCUGUUGGAGAAGCAUCAGAAGAUCGAACAGGUCUUGUACCAGGAUUACCUGUAAAGUUCCCAGGUUCUAUAGAAGAAAUGCUAGAGGAAGCAGCAGGUCCUGUUCCAGGAUUACCUGUGAAGUUAUCAAAAUUACCUACAAAGUUGCCAGGUUCGUUAGGAGAAGCACCAGAGGAAGCAGCAGGUCAUGUUCCAGGAUUACCUGUAAAGUUACCAGGUUCUAUAGAAGAAAUACCAGAGGAAGCAGCAGGUCCUGUUCCAGGAUUACCUGUGAAGUUCCCAGAAUUACAUGAGAAGUUGCCAGGUUUUGUAGGAGCAAUACUAGAGGAAGCAGCAGGUCAUGUUCCAGGAUUACCCGUGAAGUUCCCAGAAUUACAUGAAAAGUUGCCAGGUUUUGUAGGAGGAAUACUAGAGGAAGCAGCAGGUACUGUUCCAGGAUUACCUGUAAAGUUACCAGGUUCUAUAGAAGAAAUACCAGAGGAAGCAGCAGGUCAUGUUCCAGGAUUACCUGUGAAGUUCCCAGAAUUACAUGAGAAGUUGCCAGGUUUUGUAGGAGGAAUACUAGAGGAAGCAGCAGGUACUGUUCCAGGAUUACCUGUAAAGUUACCAGGAUCUAUAGAAGAGAUACCAGAGGAAGCAACAGGUCCUGUUCCAGGAUUACCUGUGAAUUUGCCAGGUUCAAUAGGAGAAGCACCAGAGGAAACAGCCGGUACUGUACCAGGAUUACUUAUGAAGUUGCCGGGUUCAAUAGGAAAAGCACCAGAGGAAGCAACAGGUACUGUUCCAGGAUUACCUGUGAAGUUACCAGGUUCUAUAGAAGAAAUGCUAGAGGAAGCAGCAGGUCUUCUUCCAGGAUUACCUGUGAAAUUACCAGAAUUACCUGAGAACUUGCUAGGUUCUGUUGGAGAAGCAUCAGAGGAUCGAACAGGUCUUGCACCAGGAUUACCUGUAAAGUUCCCAGGUUCUAUAGAAGAAAUGCUAGAGGAAGCAGCAGGUCCUGUUCCAGGAUUACCUGUAAGGUUCCCAGGUUCUAUAGAAGAAAUGCUAGAGGAAGCAGAAGGUCCUGUUCCAGGAUUACCUGUGAAGUUAUCAAAAUUACCUGCAAAGUUGCCAGGUUCUAUAGGAGAAGCACCAGAGAAAGAAGUAAGUCCUCUGCCAGGAUUACCUGUGAAGUUCCUAGAAUUACAUGAGAAGUUGCCAGGUUUUGUAGGAGGAAUACUAGAGGAAGCAGCAGGUCAUGUUCCAGAAUUACCUGUAAAGUUACCAGGUUCUAUAGAGGAAAUACCAGAGGAAGCAGCAGGUCCUGUUCCAGGAUUACCUGUGAAGUUCCCAGAAUUACAUGAGAAGUUGCCAGGUUUUGUAGGAGGAAUACUAGAGGAAGCAGCAGGUCAUGUUCAAGGAUUACCUGUGAAGUUCCCAGAAUUACAUGAGAAGUUGCCAGGUUUUGUAGGAGGAAUACUAGAGCAAGCAGCAGGUCAUGUUCCAGGAUUACCUGUGAAGUUCCCAGAAUUACAUGAGAAGUUGCCAGGUUUUGUAGGAGGAAUACUAGAGGAAGCAGCAGGUUCUGUUCCAGGAUUACCUGUAAAGUUACCAGGUUCUAUAGAAGAAAUACCAGAGGAAGCAGCAGGUCCUGUUCCAGGAUUAUCUGUGAAGUUAUCACAAUUACUUAAGAAGUUGCCAGGUUCUUUACGAGAACCACCAAAGGAUGAAGUAGGUUUUGUGCCAGGGUUACCUAUAAAGUUACCAGGAUCUUUUGAAGAAACACCAGAGGAAGCAACAGGUACUGUUCCAGGAUUACCUUUGAAGUUGCCAGGUUCAAUAGAAGAAGCACCAGAGGAAGCAGCCGGUCCUGUACCAGGAUUACCUUUGAAGUUGCCAGGUUCUAUAGAAGAAAUGCCAGAGGCAGCAGGUCAUGUUACAGGAUUACCUGUGAAGUUACCAGGUUCUAUAGAAGAAAUGCUAGAGGAAGCAGCAGGUCUUCUUCCAAGAUUACCUGUGAAAUUGUUAGGUUCUAUAGGAGAAGCACCAGAGGAUGCUGUAAGCCCUGUUCCAAGAUUACCUGUGAAAUUGCCAGGUUCUAUAGAAGAAAUGCUAGAGGAAGCAGCAGGUACUGUUCGAAGAUUACCAGUAAAGUUACCAGAAUUACGUGAGAAGUUGCCAAGUUCUAUAGAUGAAACACUAGAAGAACCAGCAGGACCCUAUCCAGGAUUGCCUGUGAAGUUCCCAGGUUCUAUAAAAGAAAUACUAGAGGAAGCAACAGGUCCUGUUUCAGGAUUACCUGUGAAGUUAUCAAAAUUACAUGAGACGUUGCCAGGCUUUGUAGGAGGAAUACUAGAGGAAGCAGCAGGUCCCAUACCAGGAUUGCCUAUGAAGUAUCCAGGUUCUAUAGAAGAAAUACCAAAGGAAGCAGCAGGUCCUGUUCCAGGAUCACUUGUGAAGUUACCUGAAUUACCCAAAAAGUUGCCAGGUUUUAUAGGAAAAGCAACAGAGGAAGCAACAGGUCCUGUACUAGGAUUACCAAUGAAGUUAGGAUUACCAAUGAAGUUGCUAGGUUCUGUAGCAAAAACACCAGAGAAAGGAGCAGGUCCUGUACCAGGAUUACCUGAGAAGAUGCCAGGUUCUAUAGGCGAAACACCUGGGGAAGUAGUAGGUCCUGUUCCAGGAUUACCUGUCAAAUUACCAGAAUUACCUGAGAAGUUGCCAGGUUCUAUAGGAGAAGAAACAGAGGAAGCGCCAGGUCCUGUACCAGGAAUGCCUAUGAAGUUGCCAACAGAAACACCAGAAGAAGCAGUUGGUCUUGUUCCAGAAUUGCAUGUAAAGUUACCAGAACUACCUGAGAAGUUGCCAGGUUCUACUGGAGAAGCACCAGGGGAAACAGCAGGUCCUGUACCAGGAUUGUCUAAUAAGUUGCCAGGUUCUACAGGAGAAGCACCAGAGGAAGAAGCAGGUCUUGAUACAGGAUUACCUAUGACACUGCCAGGUUCUAUAGGAGGAGCACUAGAGGAAGCAGCAGGUCCUUUACCAGGAUUCUCGGUGAAGCUGCCAGGUUCUAUAGAAGAAAUACUAGAGGAAACAUCAGGUCCUGAUCCAGGAUUACCUGUGAAGUUGCCAGGUUCAAUAGAUGAAAUACCAGAUCCUGAUUCAAGAUCACUUGUGGAGUUACCAGAAUUACCUGAGAAGUUGCCAGGUUCUAUCGGAGAAGCACCAGGUCCUGUCUCCUUAACUGAACUGCCUGUAAAAGUACCAAGUCCCGAAACAGAAUUACCUGUGAAUCUAACAAGUCUGAUUCCGAAAACACCUGUGAAUUUACAAGGAAGUAAUAGUAAACAACCAAUGGGACCGUCGACAUCAUGUGCUGCAUUCUAUGUAGGAUUUGUGCCAUGUUUAGUGCCUAUACUAUUCACACCAUAUUCCUACUCAGUUCCCGUCGAGUCUGCUUCGGAGUCGAAAAUGAGAGAUCAGUCUACUGGCCUGCCUCUGUUGAGAUUAGGGAAAUACCCUGGUCCUGGCCGCGGUGCAGAAGUCUCCUCGUUAUCAAGAGAAGCCCAAGUACUACCUUAUCUUCCCCUUUCUCCUGCUCAGCCUGAAGGACUUCUGGGGAUACUAGGAUAUCCAUUGCUCACUGACAACAAAGACAUCUCCUCUGCUGGAUGUCCCUGCUCAUCAACAAGUCCUCAGCCGUCAUAUCAUCCUUCCAUCAUCCUUAAUGUUGCUAUCCCGCCGCCGCCGAAAUGAAUGGGUUCGUUAAGUAUAGAAUUGUAUUUUGAUGACAAAGGUGUAUGUGAAUGGGAAAUUUACGUAGAAUAAUUAAAGAUCAUUGUAAACUUAUGUUGUUGUUUUUUAGAGAUGCAUUAGCACUCGCUGGAGGAUCCUUCAUGGAAAGAUUAAAGAUCAUUGUUACCUUAUGU